UUACAGUUACAGGGAGACUGAAUAUCGUGAGGAUCUAUAGAUAUUCUGACCAAUAGAAGAAGGAUCCUCCUUCAAAGGUUGGUGUUUUCAUAACGUGUCGUCGUACGAUGGUGACGAUGGUGAUAAUGAAAAUAAUGAAGCUCAGACGGCAAACAUUAGAGUGAAGUUCCUUGAGGUAAUCAAAGGAAUAGCAUUCUUGUCAUGCAUCUCACUUGCUUUACCCGUAUUGACUUAUUUCAGAAGAAUGUAGCUGGAGUUCUUCGAAUCGUUCCGAAGUGAAUGAAAACUCUCGAACUCAACCAUACCUCCCAUACGACACCAUACCAUACUGCAAACAUACACAAGGGCGUUGAGAAAUCGCUUCAUCAAACUAUAUCUCAACACACACCCCACAGUGCAGCUUGUGCAAUAGUUUCCCAGAAUACGUUAUGCUGGGAUUCAAUAAAUAGAAGGGCGACCCCAGCGCACUCGAGAGGUGAUGCGCGACCGUUCUCGUUAUCGCAGCAGCGCGUUGUGUGGUAAAGCUGUGAAGUUGCACCCGUGAAUCGGUAUCCCAGCGAGAUGAAGCUCCCACUACUUUGCUGUGUUCCAUUGCUAGCAGCGUUGCUAGUUUCCAGCACGACAGCUCAACACGCAGAAGAUGCACUCAAACAAAGCUAUGAUGGUACCGAAAGUUCAGCCGUGCGUGAACAACCCGAGCAGCGUUGCGUUCCUACAAAGGAAUGUCCCCCCGAUGAGGUGUUCAAAUGCUGUGGACCCUGCUAUCAGCUGAACUGUUACGGUACCGUGCUGGACUGUGCCGGACGUUGCUACGCCGAGUGCUACUGUGCCAGCGGCUUUGUCCGAGAGUAUCCCGGCGGUCGCUGCAUUCCCAAGCUGUUCUGCCAGCGGCCACCGCUGCCAAUUCUUUCCGACUAUGAGGACUUGCUCGUGGAAUAAAUCACACUUUCGCUAAUAAAUAUAAUGUGUCAUCCAAUAUGGAGUCCCGGCGUCCCCGGAGUGCUUGAAACACAUUUUCAUUGCGUGUCCAAUAACUGACCCACAUUCAUCAUCAAGGCAGCGAGACGUUAUCGUACGUGCAGACAGGUCGGGGUCUGGGCAUCUUCGCCUUGGUUUGAACAGCUGAGCGCACCCGAGACAG